AGAAUGGCCAUAUUGGUUGCAUUGCUUUCCGUCAUUCAUAUCAUUUAUGGAGCGCCAAGAAAUGUUGAUGAUCUUGAUGAUUCCCGUACGAUUAUAUUCUCACAAGUUCCGAUGAAUAAUCUUGUGCGAAAAUGUUUGGAAAAUAUUCCACUUAAAUAUCGUGAACGAUGUCUAAGAGAAUCAUUCGAGCAAUAUGCUGGCAGUCUAUACCCACAGAAAACACGUUGCUGUACAAAAUGGUCACAAAUGGAAUGUUUAACUAAAUAUACGUACAAUACCAUCUAUUGUGAUAUACAUCAACAGCAAAAUGUCCAUAGAUAUUUUAAUCAGAUACGAAGCACUUCGGCUGAUGGUUCACCUGAAUGUGUUGAUUAUCGUCCCAUCGAAGAAGAAGUACGAAAUUGGUCAUCGGAUUUAGGACGUGUACCAAAAUGUGCUGCCAACGUGGAAUUGGAAUUUCUGGAAAAUAUUCGUGAAAAUCAUAACGAUGAACAUCAACAUAAUGAACAAUCAGAACCACAACAGCAAUAAUUAUUUUAAGA